AUGACGUGUGGAAAGGAUAAGAAAUCGGAUAAAUGCGAGAAAAUUUUGAAAAAUGAAUGCGAAAGGAAAUUUUGUAGGAAGGAGACUUCUGAAGAUAAUGAUGAUGAUGAUGAUAAUAAUAACGCAGGAUGUUUGGAGAAAAACGAGGAGAAUUGGAAGACAAAAUUUUGUACAACAACAAAAAGGAGUGAGACUUAUUCGUCUUUACCUGAAAUUGAUUUGAGCGAUCCUUGUGCUGGGAAACAAUGCAGAGCAUCUCCACCACCAACACCACAACCGCAAUCCAAGGAAUCUUGUUUCUGUUAUCAAGAUAUUGAAUUAUGUCCCCCGACUGAAGAAAUUAGAGCUCGACGUAAAAUGUGGAAAUUCGCAAGUUUUGCUGUAUUUCCGAUAAUUGGAUUGGCAUUAUCAUUUAUAUUACCGGCUCAUCGAAAAAGUCGGGAGGAAUUAGAAGAGAAAAUGAAAAAUUCAGAGUUUGUUCCUUAUCCGUACAUGCAUCGGAUUAAAAGACCUUGGUGGUGGGGAGAUGGACAACAUGGUUUGUUUUUUAAUCCAAAAGUAAAUAAAGUACCACCCGAAUUUGAUGAAUCGAUUAACAACAAAGAAAGUCAAAAUAAGGAAGGUUGUGCGAAUAAAGACGAAAUUGAAUAUGAGAAUGAGAAUGAGAAUGAGAAUGAAAAUGAGAAUGAAGACUAUGGAAAUUAUAACAACACUGGAAAUAGAAAUGGACAAGAAACUAAUUUUAGAAAUGGAUAUCCUUACGAGAGUGGCAGUAGAAUUGGCAGAAACAAUAGCAAUAUAAAGAGGAAAAAUUGAAAUUAAAUUCUAAUAAGCUGUUCAUGAGAAAGAAUUUUUUUAUAUGAAACAAUUCUAUACCGACGACUGACUAUACCUAUACAAUCAAACAGGUGGCAAUGAUUGUAAAAUCAAAUUGCCAAUAUCAAUUAUUUAUGGCAUACAACGUCUUGGCAUUUUCUUGGGAGUUUCUAUAUUACAUUCGAUUCGAUAUUGUUCUGGAAAAAUUAAAAAGAGACGGAAAUAAGUAAAUAAAAUUGUAAUCCAAUUUUCAUCGAGCUGAUGAGAAUAAAAAUUCUUGAGUGAUACUGAGGGGAAAAAUUAUAAUACUGUAUUGUUGAGAGAAGGUGGAUUGGUCCAGAGAGAGUGUAUGAUAAUGAUGGCGAAAUGGAUGCAACUUCUUGAGAGACGCUGACAAGAGAAAUUUCAAAAGGAGAAAAACACCAGGGGAAAAUCAGGAGUUCCGGAAAUUUCCUUCACCGAAAAUCUUGAAAAAAGAAAAAAAUAUUGCUUGGAAUGAAAACGAAAAAAAGGAAAAGAAAACAUCAAAUUGAAUAUUACUCUCAAAAUUGAAAACAAAAGGAAAAAUUACAACAAUGAGAAUAAUCAACUUAAUUCGAAAAUCCUUCGAGACUUUUAAAGAAGAAGAAGAAGAAGAAAAUUCUUUUAGCGGAUUUCCAAAUUUAACGCACGAGUGUCAAUUUUGAAAAAUUUAGAGAAGAAAAACAAUUUUUAAUUUCUUUUAAUACAGAGUAAAGUAGUAAAUAAUAUUAGAAAAAAACGAGAGAAGAAAUUUUUAAUAAGAAGAAAAAGAGAAAAGGGAAUUAAUAAA